AUGGUGUGUUGUUGCAAAAGAAAAAAGAAACAACAAAAACUUGACAAAAGUUACCCUAGCAAGAAUCAUGGUAGACCUAAAGAUAAUGGCUACUAUAACAAACAACAAUAUGAUUGGAACCAACACCAUCAAAGCAAUGAUAUUCACUUAAAGAUGCCACCACCACCUAGUAGCGGUCCGCCAAGCUCCGAGCAAGGAUGGGUAGCUGUACCACCACCUCCACCACCACCAGGAAUGAUAAGUAGUGACUUGAGCUCGUCUACUUACUCAGCCCCAUUGCCACCACCACAUCCGGGCAUCGCCGUGAGUCUUAACACAAACGUGUUUACCUAUGUAGAAUUAGCAACAGCCACAAAAGGGUUUGAUCAAUCUCUACUUUUAGGGCAAGGUGGAUUCGGGUACGUUCACAAAGGAGUAUUACCUAAUGGAAAAGAAGUCGCUGUGAAAAGCCUUAAGCUUGAUAGUGGUCAAGGAGAGCGUGAAUUUCAAGCUGAGGUUGAAAUCAUUAGCCGUGUACAUCACCGUCAUCUUGUAUCUCUUGUUGGAUAUUGUAUCACGGGACAACAAAGAAUACUGGUCUAUGAGUUUAUUUCGAAUCAAACCCUAGAGUAUCACAUUCAUGGUAAAAACUCUCGUGUUAUGGACUGCUCAACUAGAUUACAAAUCGCUCUAGGGGCAGCUAAAGGUUUUGCUUACCUUCAUGAAGAUUGUAAUCCUCGCAUUAUCCACAGAGAUAUUAAGGCUGCGAAUAUACUGCUUGAUGAACACUUUGAGGCCAAGGUGGCGGAUUUUGGAUUGGCGAAACUAUCAUCAGAAACUAUCACUCAUGUAUCCACACGCGUUAUGGGGACAUUCGGGUACCUUGCACCCGAGUAUGCAUCUACGGGUAAACUUACAGAGAAAUCUGAUGUCUUUUCAUAUGGAGUUGUACUUUUGGAACUGAUUACUGGAAAAAGACCCAUAAACAGACAUAAUGACGACGAGAACUUGAUUGAUUGGGCUAGGCCUAUAUUAAUGCAUGCAUCAAAUGGAGGGAGUUUUGAAGAGCUGGUUGAUCCGCGUUUAGGAGACAAUUACGAUCGGGAUGAGAUGCAUCGCAUGGUAGCAUGUGCUGCUUCUACCAUUAGGCAUUCUGCAAGGAUGCGUCCUAAAAUGAGACAGAUUGUACAUAUGUUAGAAGGUGAUGUUUCCUUAGAUAAUUUAAAUGAGGUAGGAAAAACCAUGCGUAAAGAAAAUGUAGAGCAGGAUUCCCAUUCAUUUAACGAAGACAAUAGCUGA